UUUUUUUUUGAAAAUUAAUUUCGUAGAUUGCAACAACCACGAAGUCAACAGUACGCGCGCAGAACGCCCAUACUCCUACGUCCUCACAAUUUUAAUCCCUCAAUCAAGCCCCGAUCCGAUCACAUCCCAACCAUGGCUUCACCCACCCCAGAGCAAAAAUGCGCCCAACUCGACCUCGGAAUCUCCCUCUCCCUCGCCCUCUGGCCGGCCCUCACCCUCGCCGUGCAAAACAACUGGGGCGGCCCCUCCUCCUCCGACAAGCGCGACUGGUUCGGCGGCGCGAUUUCCGAGUAUGUGACCUCGAGCACCGAAGUGAACGAGGAAGAUGUGGAAGCAAUGUUGGUGCAGGUGAUGCUUGAUGAAUUCGAGGUUGCGGUUGAUGAUGGGAGUGCCGGGGAUGUGGCGGAUGAUAUUAUUAGGGUUAGGGGGGAGUGUAAAGGGGGGGAGGGGGAGGAGAGUGAGAGUGAGGGUGAGGAGGAGGAUGAUGAUGUGGAGAUGGGAGAGCCGGUGGCGCCGAGGGAGAGGGCGGCGCCGCAGAUUGAUGAGGAUGGGUUUGAGACGGUGGUUAGUAGGAAGAAGAGGUAA